AUGGCCUCUUCAUCCUCCGACAUGCCGUCCUCGCCCCUGGCGCGAGCGGCCAACGCUUCCACAUCGGCCAACCGGCUCGAUCCUCUCGCAUUCGGCCGGCCCUCGACGACCAUCUCGGACCCCUCGGCACAACGCACGUUCUCGGCCACCACAUCCGAGGCCGGCUCCAUCGGCGGCGCUGGACGCUACCGCGGCGCCAUGGGCAGCAGCGGCGGCGGUGGCGGCGACGACGAUGACGACGACGACGACACCAGCACCGUCGCAGGAGGGCUGGGGCGGCAGGCCAUGGACGAAGAUGCCACCCCGAAGCGGCCGCGGCCCAGGAACCUCCAGAACCAGGAGGACGUCGCACCCGUCGUCGACGAGGUCGGAGAGAGGGUGCGCGAGGGCUUUGCCCAGUUCCUCGAGAGCUUCGUCGACCAGCCCCUCUCUGGCUCCCCCGACCCAGACGGCGAAAAGGCCCAGGACCCCAUCUACAUUGACCAGAUCAUGGCGCUCCGCGACUACGGCAGGACCACCCUCUUUGUCGACUUCAGCCACGUCCUGCGCCACGACGACGUCCUCGCCCGUGCCGUCAGCGAUCAGUACUACCGCUUCCAGCCCUACAUCCGCCGAGCGCUGCUGGACCUCGUCAACACCUACAUCCCCAACUACCUCUACCUCAACGCGCACGUCGCCUCGACGGCAUCGUCGGGCCUGGUGCCGCGCGACUUCAGCGUGUCCUUCUACAACCUGGGCCUGGUCUCGGGCAUCCGCGACCUGCGCACCGACCGCGUUGGGCGGCUGGUGUCGAUCAGCGGCACCGUGACGCGCACCAGCGAGGUGCGGCCGGAGCUCCUGUACGGCGCCUUCACGUGCGGCGAGUGCAAGAACACGGCGCGCGACGUCGAGCAGCAGUUCAAGUACACGGAGCCGAUCAUGUGCCGCAACCCGCUGUGCCAGAACCGGCGCGACUGGCAGCUCAACGUCGACCAGAGCCGCUUCUGCGACUGGCAAAAGGUGCGCAUCCAGGAGAACGCCAACGAGAUCCCGACGGGCAGCAUGCCGCGCAGCCUCGACGUCAUCCUCCGCUCCGAGAUUGUCGAGCGCGCAAAGGCCGGCGACAAGUGCAUCUUCACGGGCACCUUUAUCGUGGUGCCCGACGUGUCGCAGCUCGGCGUGCCGGGCGUCAAUGCGCAGAUGCAGCGCGAGUCGCAGGGCGGGCGGCCCGCCGAGGGCGUCAGCAACCAGGGCGUCAGCGGCCUCAAGAGCCUCGGCGUGCGCGACCUCACCUACAAGACGGCGUUCCUGGCGUGCAUGGUGCAGAGCGCCGACGCCCGCGGCGACAUCCGCGGCGGCGAGGCGGGCGACGAGGCCGAGGACCCCGAGACGCUCAUGGACUCGCUGACCGAGGCCGAGCGCGACGAGCUCGAGGCCAUGGUCAUGUCUGACGACAUCUACAGCCGGUUGGUGCACUCGAUCGCGCCCACCGUCUACGGCCACGACAUUGUCAAGAAGGGCAUCCUGCUCCAGCUCAUGGGCGGCGUGCACAAGCAGACGCGCGAGGGCAUCCACCUGCGCGGCGACAUCAACAUCUGCAUCGUGGGCGACCCGUCGACGAGCAAGUCGCAGUUUCUCAAGUACGUGUGCGGCUUCCUGCCGCGCGCCGUCUACACGUCGGGCAAGGCGUCGUCGGCGGCGGGCCUGACGGCGGCCGUGGUGCGCGACGAGGAGACGGGCGAGUUUACGAUCGAGGCGGGCGCGCUGAUGCUGGCCGACAACGGCAUCUGCGCCAUCGACGAGUUUGACAAGAUGGACGUGUCGGACCAGGUCGCCAUCCACGAGGCCAUGGAGCAGCAGACGAUCUCGAUUGCCAAGGCGGGCAUCCAGGCCACGCUCAACGCCCGCACCUCGAUCCUGGCGGCGGCCAACCCGGUGGGCGGGCGCUACAACCGCAAGCAGACGCUGCGCGCCAACGUGGCCAUGUCGGCGCCCAUCAUGUCGAGGUUCGACCUGUUCUUUGUCGUGCUCGACGAGUGCAACGAGAGCGUCGACAUGAACAUCGCGCAGCACAUUGUCAACGUGCACCGCUUCCGCGACGCCGCCAUCGACCCCGAGUUCAGCACCGAGGCCAUCCAGCGCUACAUUCGGUACGCGCGCACGUUUGAGCCCAAGCUGACGCCCGAGGCGUCGGACGUGCUCGUGGAAAAGUACCGGCUGCUGCGCCAGGACGACGGCGGGGCGGGCAAGAACUCGUACCGCAUCACGGUGCGCCAGCUGGAGAGCAUGAUCCGGCUGUGCGAGGCCAUCGCGCGCGCCAACUGCCGCCACGAGAUUACGCCGGCGUUUGUGCGCGAGGCCUACUCGCUGCUGCGCCAGAGCAUCAUCCACGUCGAGAAGGACGACAUCGACUUUGACGACGAUGACGAUGACGAAGACGGACAGGACGGCGAAGGAGGGGCGAACGCUGCGAGACGACGUGCUGGUGCCGGCGCAGAAGACCAGGCAGCAGCCGCAGCGGAUCCGUCGUCGUCGCUCGGCAUGGACCAGGACUCGAUGGACGCCACCAUGGACCUGGGAGGUGGAGCCGACGCCGCCGCCGCCGGCCGAUCCUCUUUGACUGGACCAGCACCACCGACGACGGGGAGCGGCACGACGACGAAGCGCAAGAUCCGCAUCCCGUACGACCGGUACAUGGAGAUUGCCAACCUCAUCGUGCUGCGCGUGUCGGAGGUGGAGCGGUCGACGAUGACGGGCAUAGCGCGGUCGGAGCUGGUCGAGUGGUACCUGCUUCAGCGCGAGGAGGACAUCGAGUCGGUGCAGAUGCUCGAAGACGAGACCGAGCUCAUCCACAAGGUCCUCGCUCGACUCGUCAAGGACAACUGGCUCAUCAGCGUCCGUACCGGGACUGGUUCCUCUGCCGGUGGCGGUCUUACCGACGAGGAUGGGGGAGAGGGAGGCGAGGGAGGCGAGGUAUUGAUGGUUCAUCCCCAGAUCGACGUCGAUAGUCUUGGAAGCGUACCGUUGUCGUAG